CCAGAGAAUGACAAUUAUUAAAUCAGUAUCAGUAGUUUCAAACUAACAACCAAUACUUUCCUUAACAAAAAUGAAAUUCUUCACCGCUGUUUUGUUCGCCGUUGUUGCCUUGGCAGCCGCCGAUGUAAGCCAUUUGGAUAGAUCAUACUUGCCACCUCAUGGAGCUGCCAGCAGCACUCAUGAACAUUACGAAUCGGCUCCUUCUAGCUUUGGCUCUACUUCGGGUUCAUUCAAAUCUGGCUCUAGCUUCUCUGCUCCUGAAUCUGCUUCAACUUUCACCUCUGAACAAUACUCGGCACCUGAUAGCUCCGCCAGCUUCAGCAGCCGUAGUGGUUUCUCUUCAGAUUCCGGCUCCAGCUUCUCAGCUCCCGAAAGUGCUGCUUCAUUUACCUCUUCCAAAAAAACCGAAUACAAGGCACCUGUUUCCAACUCCAUCGAUUCUGACUUCAGCUACUCUGCCCCUGAAAGCGCAGCUUCUUCUUCCUCUUUCAAGACCACUGAAUACAAAGCCCCCGCUUCUGGCUCCAGCUCCUUCAAAUCCGGCUCUAGCUUCUCUGCUCCCGAAAGUGCUGCUUCCUUCACCUCUUCCAAGACCACUGAAUACAAAGCUCCUGCUUCCAGCUCUUUCGAAUCUAGUUCCAGCUACUCUGCCCCCGAGUCAGCAGCUUCUUUCUCUGCUCCAUCUUACUCCGCCGACUCCAGCUUCUCAGCUCCACAAACUUCGGCCUCUGGUAUCGAUACUCAAUACGCCGCUGAUGGUGGUUAUGUAUAUUAGAUUUUAAAUUUUAUAAACGGAAAUAAAUGAAUUUUUAAAAAUU